AUGGCUGUUAAACUGCUGGGAAGAAAUAUUCCCUCAGUUCUGAGGGUGACUAAGGGAGUGGAUCCGAAGAUAAGCAGAAGGCUUUGCGUUAAACCCCCGGAAGAAAGUCAACUUCAGCCAAGAAGUCAGCCUCCCUUGAGGGUGCCAGGACACAAGCCUACAGACUGGGAGAAGAGAUUUUUGUUGUGGGCAGGCCAUUUCAAAAAAACAGAGGAUAUACCAGAGACUGUCUCGAUUGAAACAAUCAGAGCAGCAAAGACCACGCUGCGUGUGAAGUUCAGCUAUGCAAUGAUUGCCUUGACAAUACUGGGAUGCAUAAUCAUGGUGAUUAGAGGGAAGCAGGCUAUAAAAAGGCGUGAAUCCCUUACAAGCGUAAACUUAGAGAAGAAAGCUCAGUGGAGAGAGGAAGCUACUCAGAAUACAUCUGCUAAACCUUAG